AUGUGGCGGGAUCGCACCAAUCUCUAUAUAUCAUACCGCCAGUCUUUUGCACAUCAUCCAGCCAAAAAGCCACGCUUCCUUGGUCCCUCCAAUGGCUUCGACUCACCAUCCCAACCGGAAGAGAGCCGGCGACUGAUCUCCGAUUCUGGCGGCUUUGAAGAAGAAGGAGACAUGGUUAUUGAGAUGGACUUCCUGCCCCCACGUUGGGUAGAUGUACAAGAAGAGGUCUCGGAGAUAUUGGCGGAGAUUGCGCAAAAGUCUGCGCAGCUCGAUAAACUACACCAUAAGAAUCUUCUCCCUGGGUUCGGAGACGAGGAUGUUCGGAGACAAGACGAGGGUGUCAUCGAGCGCCUUACCCAGGAGAUCACAAGUGGCUUUCAUGAUUGUCAGAAGGCGAUUCAGCGGAUCGAGAUAAUGGUGCGCGAGUCCAAGCAGCAGGGUAGUAUCAGCAACGGCGAAGAGACUAUGGCGAAGAAUAUUCAAAUUUCCCUUGCGGCCAGGGUCCAGGAGUCUAGUGCUCGUUUCAGGAAGAGACAGAGCACGUAUUUGAGAAAACUACGAGAUUUGGAAGGACUAUCAACGCCCUUCGAUCAGGCACAAACACCUCAGAACCCUUAUUCUGACCCUUCCUUGAUGGAAUCAGAUGCAGACAAGUCCUUCUCCCAGACAAUGUUGAUGCAGACAUCCCAACGAAUGACGGGUCAGAAUGAUGCUGUUAUCGCACAGCGCGAGCGCGAGAUCAAUGAUAUUGCGAAGGGUAUCAUUGAGCUCUCUGACAUAUUCCGCGAGCUUCAAACCAUGAUUAUCGACCAGGGAACCAUGUUAGAUCGAAUCGACUACAAUGUGGAGAGAAUGGCCACCGAUGUCAAGUCCGCAGAUAAAGAACUGAAAGUGGCCACAAACUAUCAACGACGUUACACGAAACGCAAAGUCAUGCUACUGUUAUUACUCCUAGUUGUUGGUAUGAUUAUUCUGUUGGUCGUGAAACCAAAGGGAAGUAGUUCCUCACCCGAACCACCACCGCAACAAGAAGACUCGUCUUUGGAUAUGCGCUUAGUUUUGUCACUCAAUCGGUUAAAACGUCGUUACUUAGAUGCCCGAUUUGCGCGAGACCGUUGGAUGGACCCGGACAUAUUUUGA